AAAGAUGAUUGAUGAUUGAUCUAAACUGUCAAAAUACAUAAUGCAGUUUAAGAACAAAUAUUACCCUUUCAGGAAUGUAACAGUGCACCUUCAGCUUUCUUAGAGGGUUUUUGGCCUCAGUGAGCCUCUAAGGUCAUAUCACACAUACAACAUUUUGAAAGGUCACCAUUGAUCAAAAAGUGCAUUGAAAAAGAACAAUAUCUCUCAGUUCGACUUCAGGCAGGCAUCCAAUAUAUGAGAUAUUUCUGCCCGUGGUCAUGAAAGCUGUGAUUAAUGAGGGGUGCAAAUUGCCCUAUUGACAAACUUAAGUCUUUAUUAGGGAAAACCCCUUUUUCUAUUUUGGAUCCCUCAGGCUGGAACCCUUCAACACUGUCCCAUCAUAGAGCCACAUGAGGAUGCAGACGUAAACACACACACACAUGUCACAACCAACGAUACCACUAAACACUCACAUCUGUAAUCAGAUAACUUUGAUUUAUCAAGCUCAUAUAUCAUAUCAUUUGUGCAUUAUUUUGGGUGUUAUUCAUUAUUUUCAGGUCUUCCUGUGUUCACAAAACCUUACAUGGCACACACACACAUUCUGAGACAAAGACACAUUCUAGGACCUAUGCAACAACAAGCAACCAUGGAAAUAAGUAAAGACCUUGUCAUUGUAAUCUUGACAGUCUGCUAUGUAGCAUUUUAUAAAUAUGCAAGAAUGUCGCCAUUAAACAAAACCAGAAAUAUCCACCUUAGUCAGUUUUAGGGAAUAACUGACUCUCCAAUUAGUUUGGUGUUGAAACUGUUCUCCAAGAAAUUAGCCUAUGAAUAAUAAAAGAAGUUUGGCACUGUCUUCAUCUGUCCACACCCAGUAACACCAGGCUGAUUAGGAUGUUAUUAAUGUGCUACUGAUUGGUCAAAACAAGCUCGACAUAAGGCUUUAGGCUAUAUGAAACAAUAGGCAGUGCAAGCAGGGGUUUCUGGAUGCUCGAAAAAGGUUGUGUGUGUGUGUAUGUGUGUGUGUGUACGCACAUAAUUCUUGGGUUUGCAUGCACGUGAAGCUGUGAUUAGUGCAUGUCAGUGGCACUAUGUGUAUUGUAAUGGAUGAGGCCAGCAUGGAGGUCCCCAGUGAGAGUCUCAUGGUGUAUAAAACCAGCUUGUUCCUGGACACAGAAGCCACUCGUAACGCAUAACUCACCGAUGUACAUCUAUCCUAGUAGCUAGCAGAGGACUGGGAGGAAGAUUUUGCCUUCCGUUUCAUGUUGAAUUGAAAAGCUGUGGGUUUGAUUCUGCACUGGUCUUGAUGUAGUGACAGGAGUUGCUACUUGUGGUCAUAACAGGAAGAACAGACUGGAGUUAACAGAAAUAUCAAAGGAAGAAACGGAACGACAAAUUCAUUUAUAAUAUUUGUCUUGAAGAGCUUCAAAGUAUGGAUAGUAAGUGUUCUGUUCAAAACUGUUUGAGCUCUGUGGAGACCACAUCUCAUAAAUUCAUGUGAUGAUGACAGGCAAAACAUCAACAAAUGUUUUCCUCUCCUCUCCUCUCCUCUCCUCAGGCCCCCAGCUGCCUCAGAACUGUGGACUAUCUCCGCCCUGCUGUGCAGAUGGGGGGUCACUGUUGAGUGCCAAGGCCCCUCAAGUCAGUGGGGUCAGAGUUCAGCUGGAGAUGCAUACACUUUGGCAGCAAUUUGACCAGCUGGGCACAGAGAUGAUUGUUACCAAAGCUGGAAGAAGGAUGUUUCCAACAUUCCAGGUGCGGAUAUCUGGGAUGGAUCCUGCUGCUGAAUAUGUCUUGCUGAUGGACUUCAUCCCUGUUGAUGAUAAAAGAUACAGAUAUGCGUUCCACAGCUCAUCUUGGCUGGUGGCAGGACGAGCGGAUGUUGCUGCCCCAAGCAGGAUGCAUUUCCACCCAGACUCACCCGCCCGUGGAGCCCAGUGGAUGAAGCAGACUGUGUCCUUUGAUACUCUCAAGCUCACCAACAACUUGCUGGAUGACAAUGGACAUAUGAUAUUAAACUCCAUGCAUCGCUACCAGCCGCGCUUCCAUGUGGUGUAUGUAGAUCCAGCGCCUAACAGCCACUUAAACGCAUACAGAAACUUCUGCUCUUUCUCCUUCCCAGAGACACGUUUCAUGGCUGUAACCGCGUAUCAGAACCACAGAAUCACCCAGUUAAAAAUUGCUAGCAACCCAUUUGCAAAGGGCUUCAGGACUACAGACCCCCAGGACUGGGUGGGUAAUUCCAGGCCCCUGGCAGUGUGGUGUCCACAAGAGGGCAGAAUGGAGCCCCUCACCACCAAACCUGGAGAGCAGAGAAGCUGGGGCUCAAAGACUUCAGCCAGACAGGAGGACCCAGCCCCAUUGCUGGUGGAGCAGUGUGGAGUGUUCCAGCCCUGUAAAGACUCUGUCGGACUCACCGUGGAGAGGAGAGAUGGGGACAGCUUAUUAGCACCUGCUUCCUUCUUCCCUCUCGCCUCCUACUGGGACUGUGCGGGAUCAUCACAAGACAGAGACAACCUGCCAUAAGGAAAGAAAAGCAAAAAGACUGAGCUUUGACAUAAAUUUGACCUCAUUUAAUAUCAUGCAGCUUGUGUGUUAAACCUAACCCUAAUUCAUAAGAACCCUGUACAAGUGUUCCAUCAGGACCAUUUAGUCUAAAUGUACUGCAGUGAUGUGCUAUAAAUAAUAUCAGAACAUACAAUAAGAGCACUACAGAGUCACAGUAGUUAAGCACUGUACAUUAUAGAAACAAUACAAUAGUAUAGAAAAAAAUAUAGCCAUAGACAAGUUGCACUUUGUCCUUAUUACAUUUGUCCAACAGCAAUGUAUUUGUUUUUUGUCUGAAAUAAUAAAAUGACAUUCUGAAA